AUGAGUGAAAAGUUGCAGAAUAUCUCUACUAGAUCUGAUAAUGACUCUGAUUUAUCCGAUUUCGAAGCAUCCAGUGAUGAACUUGACAGUGAUGAUGCGGUGGAAGCCAAGAAAAAAUCUUAUCGUCCAAGAUUAUGUCCAGUUUGCCAUAAACCAAAGAAAGCCAAACGCUUCUUGACACCUUCCAAGAGGGCCACAGCAGAACACGACUGCAAGGGUCCGUGCAAGUCCUUUACUAUAUAUAUAUGUGGCCGUGAAGAUAAACAUCCAGCCGAAUACAAGAAGGCCAAAGAGGCCACCAAAUACUAA